AUGCAAGAAGAUGAGUUUGCGCUCGAAUUUAAAAAGUUAACGGACAUUUCAUAUCGCGAAUUCGAAAAUUACCCAGGCAUUUAUCCUGUUUACUCGGCGAAUAUGGAUUAUCAGAGACGCAUCGCUCGUUGUAGUCAAUAUAUGACUGAAAAGAAAGCGGCACAAAUUUUACGGUGGGCUGGAAACGAGGAACACAAUUUGCACGACGCAACGGAACCGUGUCACGAAGAUAUUCAUGAUAUGGAACGUUUUGCUCCACGACCGAUGGAUACUGAUUCUCAAGAUACUGAAAAAAGCUCAGAUGUUUCGUUUCUUGAUUUUGAUAAAUUGACGGAAAAUGCUACUUCCGAAAAGAGUUUUAAUCGAAAUCCUUUUCUGGAUAAUGAGUGUUGCGCUGGUGAUGACAACAAUGAUUACAAUGAGAACGAAGCAGAGAUCGACGAAAAUGAUGCUGCGCAAGAGGCAGCAGAACGACAAGACGAUGCACCAUUUUUAGAACCUGAUUCUAGUGUCGAAGCAAGUUUGUAUGCGGAGUAUAAGCCUAUUCGUAAUGUGUUGAGCUUGACGCCAAAUGUAUUCGACGAUGAAACACUUGUUAGAAUUCUCCCCGAUCGACAAGUGAAAGAGUUGGCGAUGUGCAAGACAAAGAACUGCUUGUUUACUCAUUCUGAUAAACAAAAAAUGCGAAAACAUGAGAGUGUUUGCCGAACAGAACCCAUUGAUUUUAUUCGUCAAACUGUAGAAGGGCCUGGAAUUAUGGAUCAUGUACACGAACUGGUGGCAGAAGGAUUUUUGCCGGCUUUUGAUUAUGUUCAAGAAUACUUUCUCACUUUUGAUAUUGAGUGUUUAAUGCAGCAUGGCCCCUAUUCCGAGGGAGUAAAGUUUCAUCGUCUUACAUCGGUAGCGACUUAUUCCAGUAAAGGUGAACGUCAAUGCUUUGUCCGCCGAGGUAUGGAACACGAAGCAUGCGAAGUGAUGGUUACCGAGUUUAUAAAUUACUUGAUCUGCAGACAGCAAGACAUGGCGCGCACUAUUCCACAAUGCAUUGUCGACGGUAUUGCUCAUUACGAAGAAAAAAUCGAAUUCGAAAACAAGAAAGAAGGAGCAAGUAUUCACGACACUGCGCGUCUACGAAAAAAGCUCAAAUAUUUGAAAGAUUUUUUCAAGCUAAAAAUCUAUUCUUGGGUUGGAGAGAGGUACGAUAUUGUUGUGCUCUUUCCGACAUUGGUGUCAGUUUUGUAUCACUUCGUUGGCGGCGAUACAAAACUUAUAAAUUUCAUCAAACGCGCAAAUGGGUACAUGUUAGUCGAAGCAAAUAAUCUCAGUUUUCGAGAUUUUAAAAAUUAUACGUGUCCUAUGUCCCUGGAGAAAUUGGCGCGCUCGUGUGGUCUGGAUGAGAAGCUCUUUGUAAAAGGAGCUUUUCCUUAUGAAUGGUACAGUAAUGUUAAACAUCUAAGCGAGGCAAAGACAAUGCUUUCGUAUCCAUGCUUUUAUUCGUCAAUGACUUUGCGGAACGCUUGCUUUGUUGCGGAAAUGGAUAAAAUUAUUGAAGCGGAAAUCGACUGGGGAAAUUGGAGGAACGACAAGGAGGUCCUGUGCACGAAAAUUUCCGUAUUUCUAAAAUUAUACAAUAUAACCGACGAUCCAAGUACAAUUGAACAUUAUGCGACAAGAAGUGCCGAAGAAGGUAAUGAUCCAUAUGCUCUUUACAGUGAGUGGACGGGUACGAUUUGGAAAUUGUUGGUUUGGAGUAAUGAAAAACGACGAUGGCAUUUCGACGAAAAUGAUGCCGCAACCUAA